GGGAGGAGAAAAAAACCACAAAAAAAAACGGAGAGAAAAAACCCCAUAAUAAUUUCAGAAAUUAUCCUACUGAAUUGAACGGCUGCCUGGUGGGGGUGUGUGUGGAAAAGUUGCUCAUGAUAUUACAGGGCAUAUGCUGCGAUGGAGACGUGCUGAAAGAUGGACAACAAUUAUUUUUGAAUAAAAGUCAACGUUACCGCGAAAGGAGGAUUUUUUCCCCCCUCCCUCCCCCCGUUAAGUUAUCGGGAGUGAAACUGGUAUCAGACAAAGAGGAGGCGAGAGAAUCUGACCGUAAGGCAUGUCGUCGGAAAAACACGGUCUCGACGAUUCUGGCCGCCAGCCCAUGCAGCCACCUCCGUACCUCCCGGGGCCCCAAGACCCCAACAUACCCCAGCACCCCAACAUGCCCCUGGUACCUGGCUCCCAACCCAACUACCCACCUCCACCCCCACCCCCGGGCUCGGAGGGCUACCUUCAGGAGACGCAGUUUCACUGUGGCCCGCUGGGGCCCCCGGGGGCCCCGCAAGGCUACACGGUUCAGACCCAGGGUGCCGGUGGCACCAUGCCCAACCCCCCCGUAGGAUACCUCCACCCGGGCUACCCCCUCCAGCUGCAGCCCUGCACAGCUUACGUACCCGUCUACCCGGUGGCAUCGGGUCAACCCUACAUGCCAGGUGGUGGAGGGCACCCAGGGAUCCCACCAGGCCAGAUCCACCCCAUGCAGAUGCCUCCCAGUAUUACCUUAAUGGACCGCAGACCCCCCCACGAUUACCUGCCCAUUGCUGUGCUCACCACCGUCUGCUGCUUCUGGCCCACAGGCAUCAUUGCGAUCAUCAAAGCAGUGCAGGUGCGCACAGCGAUAGCCAGAGGGGACAUGGUGACGGCGGAGAUAGCGUCCCGCGAGGCGCGCAAUUUCUCCUUCAUCAGCUUGGCUGUCGGCAUCGCCUCCAUUGUUCUGUGCACCAUCCUCACCGUGGUAGUCAUUAUUGCCUCGCAGCACCAUGAUGACGACUGGGAGCCGUAACUGCACGCAGACCAGGCGGAGAGAAAAAAAUGCAAACAAAAAACACCCACAAACAAACACGGAAUACAUUAGCUCGCAAACUACUUUCAAUUGGGCAGAGAAAAUAGGAGCACUGGACGUACACUCACUGCUGCAGUUUACCGCUACUGUACGAUAGGGGUCUGAAACUCGCCCCCACCCCCCAUCCCCGUGUACUGUUUUGCACGCACAGCUCAGACUCAACCUAGUGGCAUCCGACGCACACCGACAACUAAAAAAACAGCCAAUCACAAGCUGACAUUCAAACGUCACUCACAAGUAGUUACCCAACGAGGCCCUGAGUUGCUGUUAACGCGGGAGCUGUUUUAUUAUUUACGUUCAGACAUGGGCGUAGGAGGGGAAACAAAGCUCCCUGCAUUAACAAUUCAUUCUAACGUUCACUGAUUCAUGACCCCUCUUCCAAACCUUGUCAGAUCAGAGUUUAGGUCGCUCUGCGUGUUUCAUUCAAGUGUUAAAAAAACCCCUCCAAACCACAGUAUUUCCCAAAUGAAUCAACACGACAGCUGAAAUAAGAGACAGUAUGUGUUGAGAGAUUUUUUUGAGCUUACGAUAUUUACAUGCGCACAUAUUAGUCAUACAUGUGUAAGGGUCUGUGUCCGCGAAAGCGUUUUUUUUUCUCUCGAGGCCACCGUACUUUUUGAAUUGAUAGACGCUACGUUCGUCACUGUCACAUGUACCCAGCCGUCCAAUCACAGUGGAAGAGGGGUGGGCCAACUGUCACAAAUACCAACCGUCACAUCCUACGUGUACAAGUGCUGAACAACGUCAAAAUGGCGUGUCCAUGGCUGUACCAGACGACGUCCCCGGACUACCACAAUAUCAAUAUGAAAACUAAUGCUUGGAGGAACAUUUCGUUCACCAUGGGUCUAUUACGUGCUCUACCUUAUGCCGACAUUUUCACAUUCCGUAGCCCUUUGUUCAUUACACAAACUAUGCGAAAUCCGUUACUUCCGCGGAUUUCCGUGCCAUGGCAACCAAAGCGCCUAAAACCGAAAAAAAAAACGCCGCGCCUCUCAAGCGCCCCCAGCUGGGCGUUUUCAGAAGAGCGCCCAACAUUUUCAGCUAGGGGGAAAGCAAACUUUGGCGGACACAGGCCCUGAGUGUUAAUGUGUUUUUCUUUUUCUGUUUCAAAACAAUGUGCCAUGUUGGAACAGUGUUUUCCUAUCGAUUUACGGAGUAGUACUAGUACCGAUAGACCUAACGUAAGAGACUGCCAAACUGAGGCACAGUAGGCCGAGAGUCGACGAUCUACAGACAUCCAACACAACCAAACGAUGGACUGACUGACAAAGCGGCUGUCUUAAUAUAACCAAGAACAUGAAAUAUAUUUGAGGUUAGUUGAACUCUUUCAACGUUAAAUGGACACUUCAUGAUGAAUGAAAUGCUAACUGGCUAUCAUACCUUAUGUACGAUGUGUUUAUUGAAAAUAUGCUAUUUGUUAAUUUAUUUGAUAUCUGCCACUACAUUGUCCUUUUCUGGUUUUAUUUGCCGUAUAUCAAUAGUUUGUUGCAGCUAUUUGACAUUUGGGAAUUGGUUUAAAUUUGAUAUCUCUUCGGAUGAACGUGCAUCGCUUAACAAAAUGGCAAAGCAGCUUAUAUUUCUAGCUAGUUUUUUUUUUUUUAGCUUGUCUCUCAAAAGUGAUUGGUAUAUUUUCAAAAUGUUAUUUCUCUAGAAAUUUGUGCCAUUUCUCACGAAGUUCAUUGGUGUAAAUCAAACCUACUGUCGCAACAAGGUAGGAAGGCAGAUUGGAUCAUAGGCAUUUGAAUCUGAGAUGGAUGCAAAAGAGCUGCUGCUUUUGCGGGUAACGUUUAUUUAUUUAUUUAUUUUUGCACGUACUUAAUAAGAGAUUUAUUUACCGGCCUAUAUUGCAUUGCACAUCUCCCCUUAUUGCAUUUCAAAUAACCACCAUUAAAGUUAUUUAGUACAUUAGACAGAACUUGCUUAUCAGGUAACAUAACCCUGCAUGCCACGUUUUUUUUUCUUUUUCAUUUGUCUUGUGUAUUGAUGCUAGGCCUGAGCCUGCGAGCUUACAGUUUGCCUCCAACUGAUAAGGAUUCCCCAUCUGUGUGUGUGGUCUUUCUAAUGUAGCCUAGUACUGUGCAGCAGGUACCCUCAUGUGUGCAUGAGCCUACAUGGCUCUUUCUUAAUGGUAUUAAUUGAAUGACAUGAGGCUGCAGCCAGUGAAAAGGGGGAACUGAAUAUGAAUGUCUCAAAGGAGAGAGCGAGAGAGAUUAAAGUCGAUGCCUAUACUAUAUUGUAGCACUUUCCUCUUUGACAUCUGUCUUCACUUCAACUUCUUGCUGUUUCUUUCUUUCUCUUAUCCUCUCCGUCUCUUUCUCUAGGCCACAAUAGUUGUUGGACCUAGUAAUCAGUAACAUAUCCCUCUGCUCUGAUGAGUCCUAUGCUAACGCUAUUUUCAAAGUAAUUAUAUGGAUACAGAUAUUGAAAUUGUUAUGUUUGUUGACAGUAGCUGCAAAUAUAGAUGGUAUUACUAUUGUAUCAGAGUAUAAGGUUUUCAGUGAUUAUUAUUAGUAUUAUUAUUAUUAUAAGCUUGGAUUUCAAUUGAUUAUCAUUAAGACGGUGUAAACUGUAUUGGACAAAUGUGUCUUUAGUCCAGUGACACACUAUUCUGCAAAUGUUAAAAACAGGCAAUGCAAGUGCUUUUCUCAUCUUAUUAUUGAAGAGAAACAACCCCAGAGGCGGCUAUAUGCGCUUGCCCAAUUGAAUCACUCCUAGCAUAUCUAGCUUAGACAGCGGUAGGCCGUGAUCUCCAUGUGUGCUUUCGUAUAGGGCUUUUCUGUGCCGUUUUACACAUGUUGGCCGGGCAAAGUGAACCGUAGCUGUUUACUAUACAGGUGGAAGAUUUCGUACCUCUUCAGGUACUUUAUUCUUUUUUUCUUUUGUUCUUGUAUUGUUUGAACUUGUAAAUGGUACGGGUUGAUUGUUCAAAGAGGCUGCUGCCAAAUUACCUGUGUACAUGUGCUGCUUCUCUCGAGGUUUAUUAUGUUCAUGGAUGUGUUACACAUGCUUCAGUCAUUUCUGACUUUAGUUGUUCAAUUAAUGAAUAAUAAUAAUA